AUGGGGGACAUACUGGACUCGUUCUUCACCGGUUUCUUCCAUUCUAUUGGGAAAUUCUUUGGUUCUCCGCUUGACUUUCUAUCUGGAAAAUCUUGCAGUUCGGUUUGUCCAUCGCCCUGGGAUUUCAUAUGCUACGUCGAGCAUUUCUGUGUGGCUAAUCUUGCGAAAAUCGCGUUACUCCUAAUCUUAUCCUACUUCUUUCUAUUCUUAAUCUACAUGUUAUACAAAAUUGGCUUUUGGCAUUGUAUCAUAUGCGGUUUCUUCAGACUUUUGUGGGCUUUGAUCUCUUGUUGGUUCUACAUUCUUAGCUAUUGCUGCACUUUCUUCUGCUACAAUCUGCUACACUCUAAACGCAGAAGAAGACGCAGAUAUACAGAAAAUGAUUAUGAUGAUGAUAUUGAUGAUGAUGAUUAUGAUGACGAUGAUAUUGAUGAUGAUGAUGGAUCGUUCAGAUACCAAAGAUCGAGACGAGAAUGCAGAAAAGAAGAACGUCUUAGAAAGUCUCUGAGGCCAAGAAGCCAUCGUGUUAGAGUCGGUGUGAGGAAACACCAUCGUUCUGAUUCGGGUUUGAGCCAACAUGCUGGUGGUGUUGGUCCGAUUCAUGGUAUUAGAGUGAGCAGAGAGUCUAAAUUUGUCCGUAAAGGUUCAAAACGCAUAGCUCGAGUACAUCAUAGUCCUCGCAGAGCAUGA